CACACACACACACACACAAUAAGAGCAGACCAGACAGAGGAACUAGAAGAUGGAAAGGGAAAGCAGAAAAACAGAGCAGAAAGCCGGACAGAGACAGCUCUACUGACAGCUCUACUGACAGCUCUGCUGACAGCUCUGCUGACAGCUCUACUGACAGCUCUGCUGACAGCUCUACUGACAGCUCUACUGACAGCUCUACUGACAGCUCUGCUGACAGCUCUGCUGACAGCUCUGCUGACAGCUCUACUGACAGCUCUGCUGACAGCUCUGCUGACAGCUCUACUGACAGCUCUGCUGACAGCUCUGCUGACAGCUCUACUGACAGCUCUACUGACAGCUCUGCUGACAGCUCUACUGACAGCUCUGCUGACAGCUCUGCUGACAGCUCUACUGACAGCUCUGCUGACAGCUCUACUGACACAGACAGACAGGGAGACGGGCCAGCAGGCAGGCAGGAGAAGAGAGGACGUGGAGGAGUUAUGAAGGUCUGGCGCUGGACUGUGUUGGUGCUGCUGGGUUGUGUGCAGCGUUCAGAGUGUGGGCGGUGCUACAGUCGGUAUGUGGUGGACUUUGGACAGUGUGAGGAAGAGUUAGGUGAGAUUGAUGAGGAAGACGAAUGCUGUCAGAACCCUAACUAUGGUUACCAAGGAGAUGACCAAGUCUGCAGGUCCUGCGGUCCUCCAACGUGGUCUCUGUGGUCGUCAUGGUCGUCGUGUUCAGUGCUGUGUGGAGAGGGGGUACGACAGAGAACAAGGCAGUGUUCCAGUGUCGACCAAACGCAAUGUCCAGAUCACAAGAACAUCAUGCAGACUGAACCCUGUACCACGGACCGCUGCUGUACAGCCAUGUCAGAGUGGGAGGCCUGGGGCCCCUGGGGGCCGUGUUCGGUGUCCUGUGGGGGGGGGCAGGGAGUGAGGAGGAGAGAGAGAGGUUUUCCCCACCAAGGAACGGGAUGUGAUGAUGCACGUGUUGGCGCUCGGGACCAGACCGAACCAUGUCGUUCAGAGCAGCCCUGUCCAGUCCAUGGAGGUUGGUCUGAUUGGUCCGGGUGGGGAGCGUGUUCAGCUUCGUGUAUCCCAGAGAAACCAAGUGGUGAUCUCUCAGGGGCCGUGGUUUACCCCAUCCGUAGACAGCAUCGUUUCUGUACCAACCCUGCCCCUUCCUCUGACACGUCAACCCCUGGUAACAGUUGUCAAGGAGAUGGCACCAACGUCCAGAGCUGUAGUGAUCUUCCAAACUGUCCCGUGGAUGGAAAUUGGGGUGCGUGGGGCCCCUGGGGGCCGUGCUCAGUUUCCUGUGGGGAGGGGAUUCUGCUAUCAAUCAGGACAUGUAACCACCCCCUCCCCAAAUAUGGAGGUCGUCUUUGUGAUGGCUCAACUACCAAGACAACUGUCUGCAAGAGCACAUGCCCUGUACAUGGGGUGUGGACUGGUUGGUCCAGCUGGGGCCAGUGUUCUACUUCCUGUAUCCCAGAAGGCCGUGCUUCUGUCAGGACACGUCACCGUUCCUGUUCUAACCCCGCCCCUUCCUCUGACCCUCCUGGCAGAAGUUGUCCUGAAGCUACCACAGAGGCAGAACCCUGUGACCACCUGCCUCACUGCCCCGUGGACGGUAACUGGAGUCCUUGGGGGGCCUUCUCUUCCUGCUCUGUUUCCUGCGGGGUGGGGCUAGAGCUGUCAGUCAGACAGUGUAACAACCCCACCCCCAAACAUGGUGGCCGACCAUGUGUAGGCACUGGGGGACAGAAGAGGAUCUGUAAAACCAAAAUACACUGUCCAGUAAACGGUCUGUGGUCAGAGUGGUCGUCAUGGGGAGCGUGUCAAUCUCCCAUUCAAGGCAGAGACAUUCACUGUAAGACAUCUGGUGGGAGUCAGACCAGAGAGCGCCGCUGUCUGUACCGAGCCCACAACGGAGCCAUCUGCCCUGGAUACCACCUGACUGACAGGAGGGUCUGCUACGAUGUCAACCGCUGUUACUUUAAGGGGUCUUGGAACGGCUGGGAAGAGUGGAGUUUUUGUAAUCCAGCAUGUGGUCAAAACUCUAAAAGGUACCGCAAGAGAAUCUGUGAACCCGACCUGUCUCACUACCGGACACACAUCAGUCGUCUGCGUGAGAAGGCGACAUUCUUUGGUACUCCGCUAUCUGACUGUGGCUCUGUGCCCGACGGAGAGAAAAAGAUUGAGAUCCAGGAUUGUCUUAAUGUCCCCCCUUGUCUUGAUUAACCUGUCUUCCCGCUACCUAUCUCCGUGCUAUAAUUAUUCCUAAUGACCAUGCCUCCUCCUGUAUGGUAGUAUUAUUGAUCUGCCAUGAGAUGUAAAACCUGUCAGUCGUUUGUGAGUGUGAUGAAAACAUCGUCGUGGAAACAGCUCAGUUGGUUUGCCUGCUCUGAUGGGAUUGAUUCACUAAUAAUAAAGCUGCAUGGUGCUGUGUA